UAAUUCUGCAGACGGGACGAUGGGUGGCAACAAGCAGAAGACUGGCAGGAACACACGUGCCGUUGAAGGCACGAAUGAUGCGGCAUUCCAGUCAAAGUGCAGCACCGCUGCGCUUGGGUAUGUGGAGGACCCACAGCUUCUCUCCCUUGUGAAGAAGCCAGCUCGCCGUGCGCCCAUCAUCAACCGUGGCUACUACAUCAGAGCCAAGGCGCUGGACACGUUUCUGAGUUUCGCGCUGGCAAAGCACAACCGUGAACGGCCGCUGCAAAUCCUAGCGCUUGGCGCUGGCUUUGAUAUGGCAUACUUCCGGCUGCGUGCACAGGGCCAGCUGCCGCCAGGCACCACGUACUUUGAGGUUGACCUGCCUGACGUUGUCAGGAACAAGAUGCUGCUGUUGGAGAUGACAGACCACUUGAAGGACGUCAGCCCCGACCAUGAGCCAUACAUGCCAGGCGACGACGCCACAGCAGCACUCCGCCACACUCUACAGCGUCACAAGGCAAAGAAAGCGGCUUAUGCUGCCCAUGCUACCGCUGGAAAUGGUAAAGGUGCAGGCCAGCAAACGCAGCCGUCAGCAGCAGAGGGCAAUGUGAAGGCCGCCACGACAACGGCACCACUUGCAUCCGCACUGACACCCGAAGAGCUGUGGGGCAAUGGCCUGCUGCUGCAGUCGUACCGGCUGGUCGGUGUUGAUCUCCGAGACCUGCAUCUGGUUGAGCAGCGGCUGCUGGCUGCCGGCCUCAAACGCGAUGUGCCCUGCGUCAUCGUCUCGGAAUGCGUCCUCACAUAUGUCCCGCCAAAACACAGCGACCCGCUGCUGCGGUGGGCUGCAUCCUUCUUUGUGGACAGCGUCAUUGCCGACUAUGAGCAGGUGUUUCCACACGAUGCCUUUGGCACCGUCAUGCAGCGCCACUUCUCAAAUAUCGGAUCGCCACUGCGCUGCGUAAACGCGUUUCCAACGCCGACAGCACAAGUUGAACGCCUGCAGAGGCUGGGGUGGACCCAUGCCGUCGCCCCAACCAUGUGGGCAUUCUACAACACAAUGCUUGCAAGCACGGAGCGCGCGCGUGUUGCUGCCAUUGAGCCGUUUGACGAAUUUGAGGAGUGGCACGAGAAGGCACAUCACUAUACCAUCUCCAUCGCCGGCAAGGGCGCGUUCGCAGACAUCCCAAGGGCGUUCUGCACUGAGCACUUGAAUGGACCACCACUUGAGCCAUCAUACGUCACCCGCUGCCCAAUCACCAUCACUACACCGCCACCAGCACCACCAUCAUCAUCACCACCAUCGCCGCCACCUGCGCUGCCUGUCCCGGCAGAUGACACCUCGCGCUAUUCGCACUGCAGCGCCGAACACGCGGGCACCAUCUUCGUCUUUGGCGGCAUCGGCAACUGCGCCCACCGCCGCCUCAACACAACAGCGGUCAUCCAAGGCCACACCGUCACGCCCCUCUCAUCACCAUCGUCAUCGUCUUCUUCGUCGUCUUCUUCUUCUUCUUCGUCGUGUAGUGGCGUCACACCGCCCGCGCGCGUGCAUGCGCAGAUGUGCGUCUGCAACGCGUCGCACCUCGUCCUCUUUGGCGGUCGCUCCUCCCCCGUUCGCCCGCUCAAUGACAUCCACAUUGCACGCAUCCCAUCGCCUUCCUCGCCGUCAUCGCUCGUGUGGCUGCCCGGUCGUGUGUCACCAUCAUCAUCGCCAUCAUCAUCAUCAUCGCCGCCACCCGUGUGGCGUCAUGCCAUGGUGAGCGUGGCACCGCAUCGCCUGCUUGUUCUCGGCGGGCGGACUGCGGACGGUGUUCUGCACGACGUGUACGAGUUGCUUGUGCCGCAUCUGGACCCGGCGCACCUCAGCAGUGGCGGUGGCAGUGGUGGGAAUGCUGGUGGCGAUGAACACGACAGCUGUGCGACACCCAAGUCAACCAAGCAGCAGCAGCAGCAGCAGCAGCGAGAAGCACCGCCCGUGCCCGGCACCAGCGCAACUGCCACUGCGACAGGAUCAGUGGAGGACGUGGGCGGGUUUGUGUGGCGGCGGCACGACGUCCAGCACGUGAACCGGUUUGCCCAUGCCGCGUGCACGAUCGAGAGCAAUGCCGGCAGCAGCGCUGUCGCCGUGUACGGUGGCCUCGAUGCAAAGGAGACUGCCCUCAGCUCGUUUGUUUUCUUGACCACAACCAUCGUAACUGAUGAUGACGAUGAUGAUAAUGAUGGUGCUGUUGGUGACGCGUCGCCAUUGAAGAUCACCAGCGAGGAAAUCGAGUUUGACCCGCCGCUACCGCCCAGAUUCGGUCACAAGAUGGCGUGGUGUGCGGCUUGGCAAUGCAUCGUCGUCGCGGGCGGGUGCGGACCAGCGCCGCUCAAACCCCACGAGCGCAUCCUGAUCAUCCGCCCCUCAGCCCGGACAUGGCAGUACACAGCACCGGCUAUCAUCACCAGUGCACCGAUGUCGCUGUCGCCACCAUCAUCGCCGCCAUCAUCUCAACAGCAGCAGCAGCAGCAUGCGUGGUGGUACCAGCAGAGCUUGAUGCUCAACCACACGCUGCACUGCACGGCUGAUGGCGAGCUGGUCAUUGUGAUGGGCGGGGGUAACUGCUUCUCGUUUGGAACGCAUUUUGAUCGCCGCGUUUUGCGGUUCCGCCUCUCGGACAUCUUCUCCACCAGUCCUUCGUCUUUCCACCCAUCGCGCCACUUUGUCCAAGGCUUCGAUCCCCUGCGCGUAAGUGCCGCGCAAUUCAAACGCGGCAUUGUCGGCCGGCGCCUCCCUGCCCUCUUCCCCACCUGCACCUUUGGCGCCGCCUCUGAGUGGACGCCUGAAGCGCUCGCUGCCGCAUGUGGCGGUAUGGAAGCAUCAGCACACGUCACCACACACUCGCACCUCAACUUUCUCACCCGGAACUUCAGGUUUGAGGUGAUGUCGAUGCCUGAUCUGAUCCAGCGCGUCUUCAACUCUUCUUCAUCCUCAUCAUCGCCGUCGAAGCCAAAAGAGCUGCUGUAUCUUCGGUCUAUGGGCAAAAACUUCCGCAAAGACGUGGCCGACAUUUCAGUGACACAUCCGCAGCUCUUCCAACAGUUUGAACUCCCACCAUGCUUUCCUCCAGAGAUCCUGGGUGACGCGAAGUUUAGCACCGCGUUGCGCUUGAGCUCAGCCGGUGUUCAGCUGUGGACGCAUUACGACAUCAUGGACAAUGUGCUGUUCAACAUUGUCGGCAGGAAACGCGUUCUCCUCUUUCCUCCGUCGCAGGUUGACAACCUGUAUGUGCAGGGGUCCACCUCUGCUGUUGUUGAUGUGGAGUGUCCGGACUAUUCCGCCUUUCCCCGAUUCCGCACUGCAUUGCAUCAUGCCAUUGAAGUCGUCCUUGAGCCGGGCGACGCCCUCUUCAUGCCAGCCAUGUGGUUCCACAACGUGCGUGCGCUGACGCCGUGUGUGUCCAUCAACGCGUUUUUCCGCCAUCUCCCGGCAGAGCGCUACCAGCGCAAAGACCUUUACGGCAACAAGGACCUGCCUGAGGCGUGUCGAGCAAUGGCGAAGGUGGACGCGGCGCUGAAGGCGAUGGAGGCGAUGGAGGGCGACUACCGCGACUUUUACCUGCGGAAACUGCGGGCAAUGAUCAAUGUGCACCUCGACGCAGCGUGCACGCGCCGCAAUGGUGGUGAUGGUGACGAUGACAACGACGACGGUGAUGAUGGUGAUGAUGGUGAUAGUGACAAGGAUGACGGUGUGAAGAAAGAUUAGGCGGCGAGGUUUCAUUGCGUGCGUGGGGGGGGGGAGACGAAUUGUGUCAUCGUAUUGAACGUUUGGGAGCGAGGAGUGAUGUUUGCGUGUGCAAUCGGUGCGAGUGUCAACAGUUGCAUUUCAGUCAGAUUGUAAUUCGUGCAAUGAACAGAAGUGCGCAAUGCCCGCCGUCAAUGGCUGGGCGAGAAGCAGAGAAACAAC